AUGGUCCGUCCAACCAUCGGCGUCGCAUAUCGCCUUGGUCACCACCACGUCCUGUUGAUCUCGCCGCUGAACGAGGACAUAAUCCAGCAGCUGCCAGCAUCGCGAUCGGGGGUGCAUCCAAGUGGCCGUCCUCCGCAUCGGCUAGCGGAAGUUGGUGUUAUUCAGAAGGAGACGGUGUUCAGUGCAGGUUCGCAGGAGGCCAUUGUCGUUGCAGCCGGCAAUUCCGUGAGGACCCAGCACUACCUUUCCGACGGGGGCGUCGAAGUCACCGAGGACAAGCAGCUUAUCCGCCUUCGACGCCUUCGCCAGGAGGGCAUGAAGGUCUUCGUAGAAUUUGUCCCCCUCGGAGUCAGGGCUGGUCAUCGACGGAACGCAGACGCCAAUGAUGGUGGCGAAUUUGCCUCCCCGAAGAGGCAGGUGGAGGCUCAUCAGACGGUCGUUGGUGCCCUGCGGCAGACAAGACAGUCGUCCCACGAUGUCGUUUCGUAUGGCAAUGGCGACGCCCGCGUUCCGUCGCUCUGCCUUCGGGCGGCCACUCCGGAAGGUGUAAUCGGCACCAACCUCCACCGGUUGGCCUUGUUCGGUGAACCGGGUCUCACUGAAUGCAGCGAUGUCCACCUUGUAACGCACCAGUUUCGAGCCACUAGCGCCGUCCUCCGUUUCUGUCGGUUGCUCCUCAAGUUGUCUAAAAGGGAACGAACAUUCCAGGCUGCCAGAGUUAGCGGACUCACCCCACCAGUCUAG